GGGGUGAGAGAGAGAGAGAGUUUGAUAUGGAGUGGUUUGCAAGAUUGCCUGAGGAUUGCAUAUCAGAGAUUCUAUCAUACACUUCGGCUGUGGAUGCUUCGAGAUCAUCGGCUGUCUCAAAAGAGCUCAAAUCGGUGGCACAAAACGAUGUCGUUCGGGAGAGAUUCUUGCCUCUUGAUUAUCAAGAAAUCAUCUCCAAAGCAAGAUAUGAGAUAUUCUAUAGAUAUAUCCGUAUCACAGUCUCUCCUCUCAAAUAUGCCACCAAAAAACACCUCUAUUUCAGCCUCUCUGACUCCCCUAUCCUCAUUGAUCAAGGCAGAAUGGUAUCAUUUCAUUCUCAUUCCAUUUUAUCAUAUUUCAACCGUUCACGAACAAUUUGUUUCAUGGUUGGAGCAAGGGAGCUUAUGAUUUCUUGGAAAGGUUGUUGGGAUUUCACUCCACACCCAAUGUCCAGAUUCUCAGAGGUGGCAAAGCUGUGGAUUCACAUUGAAGGAAAAAUAAAAACUGAAAUCUUGUCCAAAAACACAAUGUAUGCAGCCUAUUUAGUGUUCUUGCUAGAAAGCAAGGAAGGCCUAAGAUCAUCAAACACAGUAUUAAGGUUAACUUUCGAUGACAAAUCAAGGAAAAAUGGUAUAAAAAAAGAGCGUAUUCAAUCGAGAGAAACUGGGAAAUUAGCAAAGAUGAGAGGAGAUGGAUGGUUGGAGAUAGAAAUGGGAAGGUUCUACAACUGCAGCGACGAUGAAGGCGAGGUCGAGGCGUGGCUCACCGAGAUCAAUAGCCCAUAUGACAAGUCCGGACUUAUCGUCCAUGGUAUUGAGUUUCGACCUUUAUAGCACAACAACGUCAAAAUAUCAGCAAUACAUUUAUUUUCCAUGUCGUUUUGGUGAUAAGUGGAGUAAAGUAGCCCAUCAAAAUUACUAUAUAUAGUGGUCCUAAUACUCUCUUUACAUCAAACAUGACUUUUUUCUGACCAAGUUGGGCCGAUCCUCGGUUAAGCUGUAGCAAAUUUGAAUUGCAUAUACAUUGUUGGGUCCGUUAAAAUUUCUGCCCACAGUCGACGAUCCAU